AUGAAUUUGCUUAUCACCGUAUUCUUGCUCGUAGCCGCUGUGUCGGCCCAAUUCUACGGACCUCAGUAUGGCGGAGGUCCCUAUGGCCGUGGAGGAUAUGGUGGAGGCCCAUACGGACGAGGGGGAUAUGGUGGGGGACCAUACGGAAGAGGGGGAUACGGUGGGGGACCAUACGGGCGUGGAGGCUAUGGAGGUGGCCCCUAUGGACGCGGCGGAUACGGUGAUGGAUACAACCCCGGGUAAGUGCAAAAAUGUGAUUUUUGUACUAUACCAGAAUGUUAGGAACAUAUGGUUGGGUUGUUUUUAAAAGUGUUUGGGGCGCUAAUUAGAAAAGAGAAAGUCGAAACCCGUUUGAUUGAUUUGUUUGUAGAGCCGCGAUUGGAGCCCAGGUCGGAGCAUCUCUUCUUGGCCGUUAA